CGCGAGAGGAGGGCUGGGCUGAGGCGCUGUUUGUGUGCUCGGGCCGCAGCGGGAGGCCGGGGCCGCAGGUGAGAGGAUUUGGUGUAACAGGAGCAGCCGGUGGUCCUGGGGCUGGUGCUGUAGGGUGCGCGUGCUGCAGCACUGCAUCCAGCCAGUGGAAGUGCAAAGGACUGCCUGGUGGAACCAACGCCAGCGCUCCCAGCGUCGGUGCCUUCCCGGCUCUCAGCAGGGCAGGAGCCCAGCAGCAGCCCGGCCAUGACCAGCAGAGGAGCCGCCAGGCCGAACGGGCAAUCCCAAGCCAGCAAAAUCUGUCAGUUCAAACUGGUGCUGCUGGGCGAAUCGGCGGUGGGGAAAUCCAGCCUGGUGCUGCGCUUCGUCAAGGGGCAAUUCCACGAGUACCAGGAGAGCACCAUCGGGGCGGCGUUCCUCACACAGUCCGUCUGCCUGGACGACACAACGGUGAAGUUUGAGAUCUGGGACACGGCGGGCCAGGAGCGAUACCACAGCCUGGCCCCCAUGUACUACCGGGGGGCGCAGGCCGCCAUCGUGGUCUACGACAUCACCAACCAGGAAACAUUUGCACGGGCGAAAACAUGGGUGAAAGAGCUGCAGAGGCAAGCCAGCCCCAGCAUCGUCAUUGCGCUCGCGGGCAACAAAGCCGACCUGGCCAGCAAACGUAUGGUGGAGUACGAAGAGGCGCAGGCUUACGCAGAUGACAACAGCCUGUUGUUCAUGGAGACGUCGGCCAAGACGGCGAUGAAUGUGAACGACCUCUUCCUGGCCAUCGCCAAGAAGCUGCCAAAGAGCGAGCCCCAGAGCACGAGCGGUGCAGCGGGGAGGAGCAGAGGCGUGGACCUUCACGAGCAAACCCAGCAGAACAAGAGCCAGUGCUGUAGCAACUGAAGGGCGGCUUUCGGCAGCGGCCCGCGAGCGAGGAAGAGCUGAAAUAUAACCUCCAAACCUCCGCCCCCCUCCACCACACCUCACCUCCCCUCCGUAACGGCGCACCGAGAAAAACCCACCCGAACCAGAACCCUCCCGAGAGCUCUAACUGCACUUUUUAAUGCUUCAAAGCCACCACCAGACACCCGUGAGCACCAUCCCGAUGGCAGUGGAACUCCAUCCGCCGGGGACUUAACUUCCAGAGGGGGGAAACAAAAAAAAAAAAAAAAUAUAUAAAAAAAAAAAAAAAAAGAAAAAACAAACCAACAAACUCUUCUUCACUUUGUACGAUAGGUGCAAAUAGCGACCUGACCGCAGCUCCUCCCUCUGCCUUUCUCCCUCUCCCACCUCCCUCUUUGCUCUGCGGGCUCAGCCCUGCUCGCGUCUCCCCUCCUGGCGGCACGAUGGCAGCGCAUCCUCGGCUUGGUUUUGUGUGCGACCGACGAGAGGCACCGGAGACCUCUGGGAAAGCGCGGGGUCUGAGAUGGAUUUGGUUUCGUCACUGUUUUUUUUUUUUUUCCCCCCUUUUUUUUUUUCCUUUCUUUUUUUCCUCUUUUUUUUUUCCCUGUCCGGCAGGAAAAAGCUGCAGCGUCCUUCGCUUCCUUCCUUGGUGGCCUUUUUUUUUCUUUUUUUCCCCUUUGCUGAAGGUUCAGAAGUGCCUGGGAAUCU